AUGGCUUCCAUUCGGCAAAUGCUCCCGGAGCAGGUCGCUCUCAUCAAGGCGACAGUGCCUGUUCUGGUGGAACAUGGCACUACGAUCACCACCGUCUUCUAUCGCAACAUGCUCCAAGCCCACCCCGAGCUGAACACCGUGUUCAACACUCCCAAUCAGGUCAAUGGCCACCAGCCUCGAGCAUUGGCCGGUGCCCUCUAUGCGUACGCUUCACAUAUCGAUGACCUCGGUGCUCUGAGCGCGGCGGUCGAAUUGAUCUGCAACAAGCACGCCUCCCUAUACAUCAAGCCCGACGACUACAAGAUCGUGGGGAAGUACCUCCUCGAGGCUAUGGCUGAGGUACUGGGUGCAGCAUUAACCCCGGAAAUCCACGACGCAUGGGCCGCCGCCUACUGGCAGCUCGCUGACAUCAUGAUCGGCCGCGAGAAGCAAAUUUACGACCACAGCAAGGGCUGGACUGAUUGGCGCGAUUUCAAAAUCAUCAACAAGGUCCCCGAGUCCGAGGAAAUCACUUCUUUCUAUCUCGCCCCUGUCGACGGAACGCCCCUGCCAGCUUUCCAGCCCGGCCAAUACAUCUCCGUCCAGACCUACGUCCCUGCGCUCAAGUACCCCCAGGCCAGACAGUACUCUCUUAGUGACCAGCCCAAGCCAGACUACUACCGCAUCAGCGUGAAGAGAGAGCUCGGCCUCAACCCGGCCGAGCCUGAUGCUGCUGCUCACCCAGGCUACAUGUCAAACAUUCUGCAUGAUACAUUCAACAUCGGUGACACCCUCAAGGUGUCCCACCCCUGUGGCGAUUUUUUCCUUUCCUCCGCUAACGCUGAGACCGCUCACCCUAUCGUGCUGAUCUCUGCCGGUGUUGGUCUGACACCCCUGACUUCCAUGCUGAACACAUUGACUUCGCAAACCCCCUCCAACCGCAAGCUCCACUUCAUCCACGGUGCGCGUUCAACAAAUGCACGUGCCUUCAAGAAACACAUUUCCGAGCUUCCCGAGCAGUUCCCCUCCAUCAAGGCAACUUUCUUCACCGGAAGCCCCUCCGAGGAAGAUAAGGAAGGCGUGGACUACCACCACGUCGGCCGGGUUGACUUGACCAAGCUGGAGGAUCAGGAUCUGUUCCUUGAUGAUGCCAAGACCGAGUACUAUAUCUGUGGACCCGAUAAGUUCAUGACUGAUAUGGAGUCCACACUCAAGGGCAAGGGCGUCGGUGCCGACCGCAUCAAGAUGGAGUUGUUCGGAACCGGCGGUGUUCCUCAUUAA